AUGUACUGCAAUGCACGAGAAUCGAAAGACUCCGACAAAUCCGUUGUUAAACGUGCUUGUGUUCCUAUUGGUGGACUUUGCGGGAGUCCAAAGGACUGUUGUGGGUAUGAUGAUCCUAAUUCUGGUUAUUGUAUUCUAUGUCAAUCUCGCGGCAUUUUUAUUCCUUAUGGACGAAACCGUUGUAUGUGUGAUGCUACUGAAACUAUUCCUUAUGACCGCGUAACUAAGAUAAUUACUGGUGAUCGUUGUAAUGGCCAUGAUGCUUCUAAGACUCGUUGUAAAGUGAAGGUUUAUCCUCCUGGUCAUCGUUUUGCUCGUGGUAAAAAGAGAUUCUAA